UACUAGCAUAGUGAUAUUGAUUUCUGUUAUGUAUUGAUUUUCUUUUAAUGGCGAUAAAAACGUAGCGAUUGCAUACUCUUUAAUGGCGAAGUAAAAAGUAAGUUACGUCUCUAAAAAAUAUAAGCCUGUUGUAAUAAAUCAAAAUGAAUCGAGAUAAAAAUAAAAAAGUGGAGGUGAUGGCAGAGUUGGAGUCACAGUUUAUACUGCGUUUACCAGAAGAACCUUCAAAAGCUUUAAGAGAAUUGCUUAAAACUGGUGAUAACAUUAAAAAUCGCCUCACCAUCCAAAUUGAAAACGAUAUGAGACAUGGUGAGGUACGAUUUGACCACUGGCUCAUGCAUGCCAAGAUUUUUGAUUUACCAACCAUAACCGAAUCUCUUAAAACAAUAGAUAACAAAAGCUUUUACAAAACGGCGGACAUAUGUCAGAUGAUGAUAUGCAAAGAAGAAGCUGAUCAAACACCAUCGGAAGAAGAGUCACCUACUAAAAAUAAAAAGAAGGACCCAUACAAGGUUGAUAAAAAGUUUCUGUGGCCACAUGGGAUUACCCCACCAACUAAAAAUGUGAGAAAGAGAAGAUUCAGGAAGACUUUAAAGAAAAAGUAUGUAGAAGCACCUGAAAUUGAAAAGGAAGUUAAAAGAUUAUUACGUACUGAUAAUGAAGCUGUCAGUGUAACCUGGGAGGUUAUUAAAGAGGAUGACGAACAACUUCUGAAACAAGAAACAGUGACGCCAGCACCAACCCAGAAGCCAGAGAAAAAGACUAAAGCUAUGAAAAAAGCGGAGAAACAAGCUGCUGCUGCUGCAGCCGCUGCUGCUGCUACAGCUGCAGCUUCUGCUGCUGCGGCAGCAGCAGCUGCUGCAGUGGCAGUCAAAACUACACCAGUUACAUCAACUAUAACAUCAGCAGUUUCAUCAUCAACUACAUCAGCCACACCAAAUGAAGCAGCAACAACAACAGCAGAUAUUUCAAAUACUGAAUCUUCCAAUGUUGUAGAUAUAUUUGGUGGAGCUCUCAGUGACAGUGAUAUUGAAGAUGGUAAUAUCAAUGUGGAAUUGGAAGAUAGUCAUCUAACUGCAUUUGACAGCCGACUAUCCGAUAACUGCUCAAUGCCUGGACUUGGUGAUAUUCAUAAGAGGGACAACUACCCUAUUGAAUUUGAAUCACAAAUGUUCCAAUCCUCACACAGUGGUCACGGAAAAAAGAAGUCAAACAAAAGUCGCACAUCUACACCAGCAACUUCAACAAUAACUAGAAGUGGUGGACUGUCUUCGGAAGAGGAUGGAGACUAUCACUCCCGAGAUAUGUCUAAAGAUAAUAUGACCUUUAGAAUUGAACAAUUGAGAACCGAAUUAGAAGAGUUGAAGCAGCGUAGACAGCGAACCCAACAUGAAAUUGCAGGCAUGGAGAACUUAGCCUUGAGGCAACGUUUUCAAGAUAUAUUACACACCUUGAAUCAAGAUGUAAUGUAUAAAGAGAUGGAAUAUCAAGGCCUUAUAACAUUGCAGAAUUCUGAAGAUAUUUGAGGAACAUAUUUUAUCUAAAUUUAAAGAGUACACUGUUUUUACUCUUUCAAUUUAGAUAAAAUACUCUUUGAACAUUUUUAAUAUUUUUGGGUUUAUGAUUUUUUAUUAUUUUGAUAAAUUAUUUUUGAGAAGUGGAGAAUCUUUUAAGGAAUAGAUAUUUCUGAAUAACAAAUUAAAGACAAAGACUUAAUCUUAUACUUUUACUAUUGUAAUUUUACUGCUUUUGUAAAUUUAAGUGAAAUAAUGUAUUAUUAAAUAACAUAUCUGAAUGAUUUGAAAGUAUAUAUAUGUACUUGUCUGUACACAAUAUAGUUAGGUUAGGUUUGAUACAAGAUGUAACAAUUUAUUAAAAUUGUUGCACCGAAGCAACUUCUGUUCUAUAAUUGAUUUAAUUUUAAAUAUUGGUUUAUAACAAUUUCAUAU